AUGAUGUUUGAAUCUCCAAGCAAGAAGAGAUGGAACCUCUCAUCAUCUUACAGAGAGACAAUUGUACUUGGAAGAUACAGCAAAAGUUGCAGAGAGCAAAAGCAACAACGAAGAAGAAGAAGUACAGAGGAGAGACUCUUGCCCAAGUGGAAGGUUCUGUUGAGGAAACUCAAGCUCUUGCCUUCUCCUUCAAAGGUCGCGGCUUAUGAGCCUUAUGAUUACUCUUUGAAUUUCGAUCAAGGGCCAGGAUGGCACGACCACGAUGAGCCCGACAAUCUUGCUAGGUCUUUCUCUUCUCGGUUCGCUGAUCCCACCCGAAUUCGAGCAACACGCUUGCUCUUUUGA